AUGAAAUACGCAGGACCAAAAUCCAGUUGGAGCAGUUGCCCCUGCUGGCCCCAGAAAAGGAGGUCGAGGAAUGUGAAUGCUCCAGAGAAGGCAAAGUUGGAGACCAUUUUGAUAUAUUGGUUAUCAUCUACCAUGGAUGUAAACUCAAUCCAAACUCCUGCUGGAGAUAGUUUAAAGAAGAAAAAGAGAAAGAAAAGAAAAGAAAGGAAGAAGGCUAACAAAACAGCCAGUAAUGAAAUGCAAAAUAUUCUUAUUCUGGAAUGGACAGUGCUGAGAAAAAAGAGAAGGAGAAAACAGAAGAAAAAGAAGGCUAAAAAUGAAGGUGAACUUCAAAGCAUGGAUCUGAUGGAUGAUCAUUUGGAAGUUCCUGCCAUUGGCAAACUUUGUAUUGUAGCUGAUAAUGAUUUGCAGAAUAAUCUUAUUGAAUUAGAUUCAACUGCACAAUUGCACGCGGGACAAUCUAAAAUGGAUACAAGGUCAACUGAAAAUGUAACAGAAGGGAUAGAAAGGGAAAGGACGGAAGGGACAGUGCAGAGGAAAAAGAGAAAGAAGAAGCGGAACAAAAAGAAAGCUAAAAAUGAAGGUGAACUUCAAAGUGUGGAUCACAGGAAUGCUCUUUACAUUGGAAAAAAUUGUCCUGGAGCAACUAUUGACUUGCAGAAUAAUGUUACUGAGUUAGAUUCAACUGCACAAUCGCAUGAGGAACGAUCUAGGUCAACUGAAAAUAUUUCAGAAGAGACAGUAAAUCUUAUAGAAGGGACUAUGCAGAGGAACAAGAGAAGGAGAAAACAGAACAAAAAGAAGGCUAAAAAUAAAGAUGAACUUCAAAGCUUGGAUCAAAUGGAUGAAAAUUUGGAAGCUCCCAACAUCAGCAUUGGGUUGGAUUCAACUGCACAAUUGCAUGCUGAACAGUCUACAAUGGGUACAAGGUCAACUGAAAAUCUUGCAGAAGGGUUAGAACAAAGGAAAAGAUGGAGAAAACACAACAAAAAGAGGGCCACUACUAAAGAUGAACUUCAAAGUGCGAAUUGUAUGUCAAGUCCGAACUUGUCGGAUAUAAAUCAUGGAAUAAGGAAUGACGGUAAGCUAAUUGCAAAUGAGAGCACUACCCCUUCAUUGCAUUUGGGAUCUGGACCUUCGGAGGGACCAAGGGAGAUGGAAGUUGAAAUGUUUUCUUGUGAAAGCCGACAUAUACCUCUUCUUAAUGAGAUGUAUAGUAAAAAUGAGAAAAUCGAGAAUGAGUUCAAUGAAGAAGAAAUUAUUGUAUAUCAGGGUAAAGAUUCAGCUGUAUGCUCUUCCUAUGAUGUGAAGGUGACCAAGCAGCUCUACUCUCCUAUUUUGAAGCAAGAUCAUUUAGCAAAUGAUUCAUCUGCAUAUCUAAAAAUAGCACCGGUUGCUUCUGUUAGGAGAAAACUUCUUGUCCUCGAUGUAAAUGGUCUACUUGCAGACAUUGUAAUGCCAGCACCUAAAUACUGUAUUGCAGAUACACAUAUCUUGGGACGGGCAGUUUUCAGGAGACCUUUCUACGUUGAUUUUCUAAAGUUUUGCUUUGAGAACUUUGAUGUCGCCAUAUGGUCAUCAAGAUCUAAGAAAAUUAUUGAUAAAGUUGUCAAUUAUUUAUUGGGAGAUCUACAACGCAAGUUGCUAUUUUGUUGGGAUAUGUCACAAAGUACUCAAACAAGUUUCAAAACUGUUGAAAACUUGCAUAAACCCUUGGUAUUGAAGGAGCUAAAGAAAAUUUGGGAAAAAGAAGAUGACCCUAAUCUUCCUUGGGAGAAAGGAUAUUAUAACGAAUCAAACACAUUGUUGGUGGAUGAUUCUCCUUACAAGGCCCUUCUCAACCCUCUGCACACUGCAAUAUUUCCAUAUUCAUACCAUUACAAGGAUAAAAGUGACAAUUCUCUAGGUCCUGGAGGUAAUCUUCGAGUUUAUUUGGAAGAUAUGUUAAAGUGUGACAAUGUAAAGAAAUAUGUCGAGCAACAUCCAUUUGGUCAAGGUGCUAUAGAUGAGACAAACGAAUUUUGGAGCUUCUACUCCAGGGUUCUUGAGAGUGUAUCGGCUGUAUCUGUCUAG